AGGAAGAUCAAUUGUUUUCUUGAUCCCAAGACCAAAGUUCUUUGUGGGGUCAAAUGGGGCAAGACAAGGCGAGGCAACUCUUCAUAGAACAAUGCAAUUGCUCUGGGGCUCUGGUUACGGCACACCGAUAUAUACAUAUACGCAUAUGUAAAUAAAUGCUUGGAUGAGUGUGUUCUCGGAAUAUCUCCCUUAGAGCUGUACUGUGCGGAAAGCUGUUUUUCUUUGCGGUGUAUCUUUCAUUGAAUCAUAAGUUCCAAUUGCACUUCCAUCGCAGAUAAGUACAUACACAUGAUUUGUACAUAUGUUUCUGUUUUAUAGUGAAUUCAUGUGACUGUUUGUGUGUGUACAAUGUUUGUUUUUCCAUAUCAAGUGUAGGAAAAUGGUGCUAGGCUCCAAAUGUUUACACAAAUAUCCAGUUACCAAGUCUCAUAUUGAUCGCAAAACAAAAAAACUAUACGUGUUGGCGAAAUGUGCAAGUGUUCACAGUUCGAAAAGCGAAAUACAUGCGAUAAUUCUAGCUAGAGGUGGAAGCAAGGGAAUUAAAUACAAAAACCUAGUUAAAAUAGAGGGACUGUCAUUGUUAGCGCGUACAAUCAUAACAAUACAAAAUUCUUCUUGCUUUGAUCAUAUUUGGGUUUCUACGGACGACAAAAGAAUUUCAAUUGAAGCCAACAAAUAUGGUGCUAUUGUGCAUAAUCGGCCUUCAGAGAUUGCCAGGGACGAGACAUCUUCCCUGGAUGCUAUCAAAGAAUUUUUAGAUGUGCACAAAGCUAUUCAUAACUUUUCUUUAUUUCAAUGUACGUCUGUGUUCUUAAAAGAAAAAUACAUUAAUGAAGCUGCUUUGGCAUUUAAAAACCAUGACUGUGUGUUUGCAGCUAUGAGGUCGCAUUAUUUACGAUGGGAAUUCGUUGAUAAUUUGCUAGUACCCGUGGGUUUUAAUUCAAAGGCCAGACCAAGACGCCAAGAUUGGAAAGGAGAUAUAGUGGAAACAGGAAUGUUCUAUUUUUCGAAACGACGAUUAGUAGAGAGUGGAUUUUUACAAAAUAACAGGUGCUCUAUCGUGGAAAUAGAUCAAAAAGAUGGUUUGGAAAUCGACUCACCCAUUGAUUUAACAAUAGCACGAUGUAUUUUAAAUAAUAAAAUGUGAACUGAACUUAUUCAAACAGUAUUAAAGG